AUGAGAGAUAAUAUAAACUGGCUAGUGAAAUAUCAAAUAUUUUACUGUUUGAUCACCUCUUGGAAUGUUGUUUGUGGCCACAUUCGUUAUUCUGUUCCCGAGGAAUUGCAAAUAGGUGCCUUUGUUGGAAAUAUCGCAAUUGAUUUGGGGUUAAAUUUAAAGCAGCUGACGGCUCGCAGAUUGCGGGUGGCGCCCAGUUCGAGGAAGCAGUAUGUUGACGUUAAUUUGGAGAACGGGAUUAUAUUUGUGAAUGGAAGAAUCGACCGGGAGCAACUUUGCGGGCCGAGCACCGAAUGUGUUUUGUCAUUCAACGUUGUGCUUGAAAAUCCCCUCGUCCUGCACCAGGUGGAAGUGGAGAUUCUCGAUGUAAAUGACAACGCUCCCAGUUUUCCUAAAAGACAGAUCCGCCUGGAAAUCUCAGAGAGUAGGGCACCGGGAGCGCGAUUCCACCUCGAGGCCGCGCAUGAUCCGGAUAUUGGAACUAACUCCUUACAGACAUACAAGCUCCUUCCCAAUGAAUAUUUCAUUCUUGAUGUGCAAGAACGAGAAAGGUUAGGAAAGCUACCAGUAUUGGUGCUACUGAGGGCUUUGGACAGAGAAACGAUAUCUACCCAUCAGUUAUCUCUGGUUGCCGAAGACGGUGGAGUCCCUGUGAGAUCAGGGACGGUCCAGGUAACAAUCAGAGUGAACGAUGCGAAUGACAACUCUCCUGUUUUCUCACAGUCGGUUUAUCAGGUGAAUAUGUUGGAAUCGGCUCCCAUAGGAACUCUGAUUAUCACGUUAAAUGCCACUGAUUUGGACGAUGGUCCGAAUGCAGAGAUAAAGUACGACCUUAGCAGCCAUAAUUCGGCUGAGAUUCGUGCAUUAGUAGGAGUGAAUUCUAAAUCUGGGGAAAUCAUACUGAAAGGGCAGUUGGACUAUGAAGAAAGACAAUCUUUUGUAAUUAAUGUUCACGCAAUCGAUAGUGGGCAUCUCCCAAUACCCCAGUACUGCGAUGUGUUGGUGGAUGUAAUCGACGUGAAUGACAAUGCCCCUGAUCUUUUGGUGACAUCCAUGUCAAAUGCUGUGGCAGAAAAUACUCCAGUGGGAACUAUUAUCGGCCUUAUCAGUGCAGAGGACAAGGAUUCUGAGAGAAAUGGUCAAGUGCAAUGUCGAAUUCCGAAUGAACUUCCCUUUAAAUUAAAUUCCUCUAUAAAUAACAAUUGGAAACUAUUUAUACAACAUGCAUUGGAUCGCGAAACUACCUCGAGGUAUGACAUUACUGUAAUUUGCGCUGAUACAGGGGAUGCUCCUCUAACAUCCAAGAAAACGAUCAGCGUAGAAGUUUCAGAUAUAAAUGACAACGCGCCAAGUUUUACGCAGUCUGUAUACACGGCUAAUAUAAUGGAAAACAACGAUAUUGGCGAUUCGAUAUUCUCCCUGACAGCUUUCGAUCCAGACUCGGGACAGAAUUCCCUAUUGAAUUUUACUAUCCUGAAUUCACCAGUAGUCUCAUAUGUCUCCAUCAACCCGCAGAGUGGUGUCAUAUUUGCUCGGAGGUCUUUUGACUACGAGAUUUUGAAAAACUUCCAGAUUCAAGUUCAGGUGCAGGACUCUGGAGUCCCAGCCCUCAGCAGUAACGUUACAAUUGAUGUUGUUAUCCUUGAUCAGAACGAUAAUGCCCCAGUGAUAGUGCAUCCUUUACCGGAGUAUGGGUCAACAGUAAUGGAGACAAUAAGCAGGUUCGCUGAACCUGGAUACUUCCUUGUCAAGGUCUCCGCUACUGACGCUGACGCUGGUCUGAACGCCCGUCUAUCUUAUGACAUUUUUCAGGCUACUCAUCGCGAUCUCUUCACUGUUUCAGCAGGCACCGGUGAAGUUUGGAGUAUCCGCGGUAUUCAGAGUAAAGACGCUUCAAAACAAAGGCUGGUGAUUGUUGUGAAAGAUCAUGGGACGCCCUCACUUUCAGCCACAGUAACCAUAGUAAUAUCUGUGACUGGAGAUGAAAAGAUUUUCAGUGCCACCAGUUUAAAUAAAGAUCGCGAGAUCUCUCCUGAUGUGAACCUUUACUUACUCAUGGCAUUAGGGACAACGUCUAUAAUUUUUCUCGUAAUUUUAAUUAUUCUUGCGAUUAUAGUUAAUAAAAGCAGAAGUGGAAUGGGAUGCCAAUACUAUUCUCUGGAUACCUGUUGUUGUUUGGAAACAAGGAAUUUCCUAAAUGGGACUCAAAAAGCCAGUAGAAGUCUUCAAGUACCACGGAACUAUGUUGAGGUAUUCGGAGGUGAUCCACUUUCUCAGAGUUUCCGUUACGAAUCGUGUUCCACGCUGCACAGCGUGAAAAGAGACUACGCAACCUCACACAACUGCGCACAAUCUGUAGUGAUGCACAACGCGGAGAAAAGUACGAUUGGGAAAGGAAAUGGAGAAAUGGUAAGUUUGCAAGCCUGGAACAGCAAUUCAAAAGCGAUCUACUGCGCAAAAGAAAAGUAA